GCGAGAAGGAUGCCUUUAAUUUCCGCAACAUCCGCAACCCGACAACGGUGGUUGUUGCCGAGGACGAGGUGGCGGUAGAUCCCCACAUUAUGUCCACACCGGUGAUUGUGGAUGCCGACGGUGACGGGGAUCUUGACAUUGUUCUGCACCUCAGUUAUUUUUUUGACAUGAAGGCGUACGAAGGCGAAAAGGCAGAGCUCCUUCCGUCUGAUAUUGACAUCAACGACUACGUGGCGGACGUGCUGAUGGUUUUGAACCUUGUGACAGGAGAGAUGAAGUGGAUGAAGGUCCUACACCUAUCGAAGAAAAACGACACCAUUCCCGCCUACGCACUCUCGUCGCCUGUCAUUGCGAACCCCGAUGAGGACAAUCAGCAGGAUAUUUAUGUGACAACGACUGCCGGGGCCAUUUUUGGCUUCAACGGGCACGGUAAACAGCUGAGUGGCUGGCCGGUGUGGAUGAGCAGUUCAAUAACGUCCUCGCCCUCAAUGGAAGAUGUGAAUGCGGAUGGUCUCAUCGACGUGUGUGCCGGUGACACAGAAGGCAACGUCGCAUGCUUUACAGCAAAUGGAAAGCAGCUGUGGAGCAAAACUUUUUCUGGCGCCGUCACUAAGCAAAUUACUUACGGUGACGUGGACGGAGAUGGAAGCAUUGACCUGGCAUUUGGCACCACCUCCGGAUUGCUCUACGCGGUGCGAGGACGCGACGGUGCGCUGCUGCCGCACUUCCCCAUCGCAGCGGAGGGGCCUAUUCUUGCACCGCCACUGCUUGUUAACCUCAACAUUACACAACCGUUGACGCAGCAAGAAACAGAGGGUCUUCAUAUUAUCGUCCCUUCACACGAUGGGGUCCUGUACAUUGUGAGCGGCACCACCGGCUGUGUGGACGGUAUUGAUAUUAAUGAGAAAUCAUCCACGAUGGUUCUCGCCGACGAUAUGACUGGCAAUGGCAAGCUGGACCUUGUCGUAAGCACCCUGAGUGGGAGCGUCAUGGUGUUUGAGACACAGGCUGCAUUUCAUCCUCUCAAGGCAUGGAUUAGCCGUGUGAAGUCCACAAAUGGACUCACGGCAUCCGAAGGGUACGUUGGGGUAUUUAUUCACCCUAGUAGUCGUGUACCUCGCGACAUACGCGGAGAACAAUUUGUCCUUCUUGUAACCAUUUAUGAUCAGCGACGUGGCGAUGCUAUUAAGCGGCGGUACGGCCUCACCAUUACCAUUGGCCCACGUAUUCUGGUGCAUCACAUGGUGUACGGGGCUCCUGGGACAUACGCCAUCACGCUGCGUACCCCGCUGGAGAGAAUGUACGCCUCCCUCUUCGUUGUGAUGUUGUUACCGAAUGGGCAGAGAUAUGAAGACAGCGUAGCACUGAGCUUCAAUAUGCAUUUUCUUGAAAGCAUUAAAAUUGUAUUUCUGGUACCAUUCUUGUUGGCAUGUCUCGCCAUCUCCUUUGUACGCAAACAGCAUGAGGUCCAGCCGCCCCCAUUUGAAACACAGCUCUACUAA